AGUACAUAUUUUAACUAUUUUGGCGUCUCUGACGACGAUUGCAGUCUAUCUGAAAAGGAUUUUCUCCUGUUCGCAUGAUAUUGAAUUCAUCAUGGUUCGCAUUACAGAAGAUCUUGUACGUAAAAGGGCUGAGCACAAUGAACUUCAAAUUUCCUCUCUGGAGGAAGUCUCAUUGCAUCAACAAGACAUUGAAAGGCUUGAACAUCUGGACAAAUGGUGUCGAGAGCUCAAGAUUCUGUAUCUUCAGAGUAAUCUGAUACCAAAAAUAGAAAAUGUCAGCCGCCUCAAAAAGCUGGAAUACUUGAAUUUAGCCUUGAAUAAUGUUGAGAAGGUUGAAAAUUUAGAAGGUUGUGAAUCAUUGAGGAAACUAGAUUUGACUGUGAACUUUGUUGGCGAGCUCACAUCUGUUGAAUCUUUGUGCAAUAACUACCACUUCAGAGAACUGUAUUUAACAGGGAACCCAUGUUCAGACUUUGAGCACUACAGAGAGUAUGUCAUUGGGACAUUACCCCAGCUCCAGUGGCUUGAUGGAAUACAGAUUGAAAAAUCAGAAAGAAUACAGGCUGUUCAGAAUCUUCCUUUUAUCAGAGGGAGGAUAUUAGAACAGCAAGCAGCACACCUGAAGAAAAGGGCAAGAGAAAAAGCAGAGGCAGCAGCGAAACAAAACGGCAAGGCAAAGGAAACUGAUGGGGUUGAAGGUGAUGAGAAUGAGGAAAGCAACAAAGAGAACAAACCAGGAUUUGAUGGCAGAUGGUACACUGACAUAAACGAAAGAGACAAGAAAGAUGUCAAGAAAGAAGAAAAGUCUCACGAGGAAAAAGUGGAUGAAUUUUGGAAUGAAAAAACUGCCUAUACACCAGAGUCACGUCUAGAAGUUCACAACCACCUUCAAGAGCUGAAGACCAAGGAAGAGAAAAAGGAUGAUGUUGAGCAGAAGGCCCCAAGGAAAUUAUUUGCAGAUGACGGAAGGCCAUACAAUAUUAAUGAACCAAAAUUGGAUUUCAGUUUGACAGAAGAUGAUCAAAAUGUACUUCUCGACUUAGCCAUUUUCAAACAUUUAGAUACUUCCUCACUGGAAUGUGAUGUUCAGCCCACCUAUGUGAGGUUAAAAGUGAGAGGCAAGAUUUUCCAGCUGGAACUUCCUGUUGAGGUAAAUGGGGACGACAGUUCUGCGAAACGGUCUCAGACAACAGGUCACCUUCUUGUCUCCAUGCCAAAGGUAAAGGUGAAGCAAAUAAUCAGACCAAAGACACAUAACUCCAACAGCAAAGUGAACAAAGCUAGUGAUCAGAAAGGGAAAAACGACAGUAACUUUUUGGAGGUUGAUGCGAGUGCCCGUAAAGCAGUGGAUGUGACAAGCAUUGUUGCAGACAAUGAAGAGAAAAAAAUGAAAGCUGCCGCACCUUUCGGAAGCCAAAUGUCUCGAAGAGAUCUCCCAGAAAGAGAGAACAGUGCUGACUUUGUUGACGAUCCAGAUGUUCCCCCACUCUUGUGAACCUUUUUUCAAGAUUUGUACAGAGUGAUUAAAAAAACAACUUCAAAAUGAAUU